AGAUCCCUUUCCCUUCCCCAACGAAUUUCGAAUAGUAUAUUUUUUACAUUAAGAAAUGCACUACGACAAGAUCCGGCCAGAACCGGCUUGCUCAGUAUGACCUAAAAUGCUCAGAAUACUUCAGUUUUUAUUAGCAACCAUUUUUCUCUUCACUAAUAACGGUCAUGGAGAAGAAGCGAAGAAGAACAGGGAAUUACUGCUGCUCAGCUCCCUCGUCUACAAUGAAGAAUUUGAUGAAAAUGAGAAUGGAUCUGACAAUGAACACAUACCAUACAGUGGUGACCAACAGAUGAUUAAAGAAGCUUUAAAUGAGAAUUUACGAGCAAACGAUAACAACUGCAGUCCAUCAUAUUUUAUCAAAGAAACUAUUGAUCAGCAAAACACAAGCAAUAAUUCAAACAACGAUGUUGUUGAGUUUAAUAUUCUGAUAGGACUGAGCUCAAGGGGAGAUACAGAAUCCAGUAAAUAUUCACAAAAUAACAAACGUGAGCAAUUUUUUGACGUAACGCGUCGAUCAAUCAAUACGAAUUCAAGUAAUUUUCGAGAUUCAUUUUCAGAACAAGGCCGAACUCAGAGAAAGGGCUCCAUUCAAGACCAAAUAUUGAGUGAUCGAAGAAAAAAUGUCCGGUACAAACAACUUGACAAUUUAGCUUAUGAUUGGAACGAAAUCUCCUCUAUAAAAACCGACUUAUUUAAUAAUUCCAAACAAUACUUAGCAUCAUCGUUAAAGAUGGCAGUUAGUCCUCAUGAUUCAACACAUGUUCCAAUAAAUUUAAAAAUAUUACACAGCGGUCGAAAAGCGGGAUCCACGUUACAAAGCUUAGCAAGAUACCCUUCUUCUAAGAAAUCUUCACGCUUCAAUCGUGGCGUUCGAUCAAGUGAUCUUGACGGGCAAUGCAUCGAACGCAAGUCUAAAUUGAGAAGGAAAAGAUACAAAGAGCGUCACGAGAGCCUUACGAGCCUGCAAAGGCACUCCAGUAGUGAUAGGUUUGGAAUUUUUGUUGCUGGUAGCACUAGAGUUGAUAUUAAGGAUUCUAGUAACAACAUAGGACUAGUGGAAAGAUCAGAAUCUGAUUCACUCGUUAAAAAUUUAGCUAAAAGUCGUCGACCUUAUGAAAAGUCUGCAGACAAGGACGUCAAAAUAUCCAGAAGGCGCUUGAUUGGAGCACCGCGUCUCGCAGGAUAUCCUGGAGUCUUCCUGGAAAAGCCUGAAAUGUUGAGUCUAAGUCCAGGCUCUAACGACAGCCUGGCGCACUCCGUGGAGUUCGAUCCACCUUCAUCUGACGUCGUCCCCUUGGAGGAUCUGAAGGCAGGCGAUCAAGAGGCGCCACGGAACAGAAGUUUGCCUGGCGAUCCAAAACGUCCAUAUUUCCCCAUCGACAAAUCACAGUUGGAGAUGUGGAGUCGAGACUCUAACGACAGCCUGGCGUAUUCCCUCGAGUUUGAUCCUCCCUCAUCUGACGUCCCCUCGGAGGAUCUGAGGGAAGGUGAUGAAGAGGCGCCACGGAACAGAAGUUUGCCUGACGAUCCAAAUUUUACAAUUAACAAAUCACAGGGUACCAACUACAGUUUAGCAGAAACAAGAACAAGUUUGUACGUGGAAGGUUCCACCAACCGCCAGACGUUGCGAUGCAUCACUUGCUCAUCAACCACCAACCUGAACCAUUGCUACAACCUUCACCUCACCAACGAAACAGACGACGAUUUCGACUGGGAAGAACUCAGUCAAGAAUGCGCGUCAGGCGAACGAUUCUGCAUGGCUGUGCAAGUAUGGUAUGUGGAGAAUGGAGCGACACAGAACCGAACUCAUCACCAAUUCAGCAUCGAGCGCGGCUGUGCUACAGAGUGCGAAGAUUUCUUCAUCAUGAUGGGAGACAAAACUAAACUCGAGAUCACUUCCAACAGAACUUGCUGCAGAACCAACCACUGCAACCGCUUGCACGCUGUAGCAGCAACAGCUCCUCUCAGACAACAACGUAUUAUCUGGCAGACCAUUUGUACUGCAAUCAUUUUAUACAUGUUUAAAAUAAUGUAAUAUUUCAUGCGGUACCAAAACUACCAUUUUACAA